GGAAGGGGCCGCUGUCUGUGAAGGAACUUGGAGGCGAAGCACACCUCUUUCAGUCAGCACUGUAGAUUGGUUUGUGAGUUUAGGGCCGACCCCGGUGGAAACGGCUUAAUAAUCCCACCCAACCCCGGCUGAAUCCUCCAGCUGCUGGAAGCCGUCGCUCGCUCCUUCGGUCAUUGGCUGCCCGGCUCGCCGCAUCCUGCCCGUGGAAUAAGCCGCUUUCUGCCGUCUCCACCGGACGCAAGGGAAUAAGUCUACAGUCAGCCUUCCUCCGGCAAAACCUGGAUCAUGGCCUCAGUUCUGCAGAAGCUCAUCACACCCCUGGCCAGCGGCCCCGCUGAGCCCCCCAGGAACAAGGUGACGGUGGUGGGGGUGGGCCAGGUUGGCAUGGCCUGCGCCGUUAGCAUCUUGCUGCGGGAACUGUGCGAUGAGAUGGCCCUGGUGGACGUGAUCGAGGACAAGCUGAAGGGUGAGAUGAUGGACUUGCUCCAUGGAAGCCUCUUCCUGAAGACCCCCAAGAUCAUCGCUGAUAAGGACUACUCUGUGACUGCCAACUCGCGCGUUGUGGUGGUAACGGCUGGCGUGCGGCAGCAGGAGGGGGAGAGCCGUUUGAACCUGGUCCAACGUAACGUCAACAUCUUCAAGCACAUCAUCCCCCAGAUCGUCAAGUACAGCCCCAACUGCAUCCUCAUCGUGGUGUCCAACCCAGUGGACAUCCUGACCUACGUGACCUGGAAGCUGAGCGGCCUGCCCAAACACCGCGUCAUCGGCAGUGGCACUAAUCUGGACUCUGCCCGCUUCCGCUAUCUGAUGGCUGACAAGCUGGGCAUCCAUGCCAGCAGCUUCAACGGCUGGAUCCUGGGGGAGCAUGGCGACUCCAGCGUGCCUGUGUGGAGUGGUGCCAACGUGGCUGGGGUGAACCUGCAGAAGCUGAACCCUGAUAUCGGCACGGACGUUGACAAGGAGAACUGGAAGGACACACACAAGGCUGUAGUGGACAGUGCAUAUGAGGUCAUCAAGCUGAAGGGAUACACCAACUGGGCCAUCGGCUUGAGUGUGGCCGACCUGACCGAGAGCCUGGUCAGGAACAUGAACCGCAUCCACCCAGUGUCCACCAUGGUCAAGGGUAUGUACGGCAUCGAGGGAGAGGUGUACCUCAGCCUGCCCUGCGUGCUGAACAGCGGGGGCGUCAGCAGCGUCGUCAACAUGACCCUGACGGACGAGGAGGUGGAGCAGCUGCGGAAGAGCGGAGACACUCUCUGGGGCAUCCAGAAGGACCUGAAGGACCUGUGAGGUGUGAGGUGGCACGCUCACGUUGAGGCGCUACUCUGCUCCAGCCCCCCCGUUCGUGUAAUGCUUCUCCAGGUCUCGUUCAGGAAUAUAGGUACUAUUAGCUUUUCAGAGGUUUUGCUGGUCACAUGUUUGUAUUCGUGUUCCGUGUGAGGGCUCCGCAUGCAGCCAGUCUAUCACGUCCCUUAACUGAAGCGUAAUUAGCCAUCUUGAUCAGUGGUUGCCGUUUUGGAGAUUAUUGGCAGUGUUUCAGGCUUGGCCUCACCUGUUGGGAGUCCCCUUCUGCAGGGAUUAAGUGGAUCAUUCUCUGGAUCAGAGGUUGUGGGUAAUCAAGAGUGCCGACCAGAUUAAAAGCUCUGCAAUAACGCUUCCUAAACCUAUUGUAACUUGUACUUGUGGUGAUAACACUGAUAAUAAAAUAAUGCUGAACUGCA